UUCAAGUAUUCAAGGCUUUGGGGAAACACAGGCCGGCUUUGGCACACAGCUGAGACGGGACGCUAGGUAGGCGAGCAAAUCGGUGGAGAACGCGACGUGAAGCCACAGCCAGGACACGUGCAAGGCAGCGGCAGCGGCAGGUCAAAGGAAAGCGGUGAGGUCAUUCCUGUUAUUAUUCCUAAAUAAAAUAACGAUCCCUUUAUCUGAACAUUUUGUUUGAGCACAAUUAGCUACUUAUAUAUGUAGGUAUAUUUAUUUAUAUAACAAGUGAGAAUGGCAGAAAUAAAAGCAUUAAUCGCAAAGCGCGGUAGUUUAAAGGCGCAGCUAACAAGAUUUAGAGGUUUUUUAGAUAACGUGGUCAAUGAACAAAUACACGAAUUACAGGUCAGGUUGGAACCAAUUGAGGGAUUAUUACACGAGUUUAAUGAAGUCCAAUUAAAAAUAGAAUUACUAAAACCCGAAGAGUUAGAAUUAAAUACUAGGGAUGAAUUUGAAUGUACGUUAUUCGGUGCAAUAGCCAAGGCUAAAGCCAAAAUAUCAGAUUUUUAUGCAGGUCAAAGUCAAAACAUCAAUAAUAAAACCAUGAUUGCGUCUAGCGGGGGCCAAGAUUGCACUGGGGCGGAAUUGGAGUUAAAGAAAUUCAAUUUACCGCAGUUUAGCGGAGAAUACGACAAAUGGUACAAGUUCAAAAAUACAUUCGUAUCAUUAGUAGAUAAAAAUCCGAGGUUUGACAAAGUUCAAAAAUUUUAUAGAUUAUUAGAGUGUUUGAAAGGCGAUGCGGAGAAAGUAUUAUUGGACUUGGAAGUUUCCGAAGAUAAUUACAGUGUAGCUUGGGCGAUGUUAGAGGAAAGGUUUGAGGAUAAGCAGGGUAUAAUUCAGAAACAUGUAAAGGCACUAAUUGAUGUAGAAAUAUUAAAAUACGAUUCAGUAAUCGAGAUUAGGAAAUUCAUUGAUAAUAUUAAUAGUCAUUGGCGGGCUUUAAAGUCUCUCGGGGAGCCAAUUGAACAAUGGGACAGACUACUAAUUUUGUUGUUGUCAAGAAAAUUAAUAGGGAAAACAAAGCAAGUGUGGGAAGAAGUCCGGGUAACUAAAUAUCAGGGUGAACCAAAAAUUGACGAUUUUAAAAGGUUUUUAUUAGAAAGAUGCAAAAGCAUAGAGGCAUACGAGGACAAAGAGAAACAUAUAAAAAUAAUGAAAAAGCAGGAAUUUAAAACAGGGGCGUACGUGACAACAAAUUAUGAAAUAAAGUGUAAAUUCUGUAAGGGACAACAUUACAUAUAUUUUUGUGAAAAAUUCAAAGAACUACCGGUGGAAAAGCGUUGGCAAGAAAUAAAACAAUGUAAAUUGUGUUCUAAUUGUCUGAGAGCAAAUCAUUUUGCAAGGGAAUGCCGAUCUGAAGGUGGUUGUAGAAAAUGCGGAUUAAAGCAUAAUACGUUGUUACACCGUGUAGAUGUCAAAGGUAUGAAUAAUGACCAAUCGAGUAGCAGUAACUGCGCUGUAAAAGAAACACAAGAAAUGGUAACAAAACAAUCGGAUAAUACGGUACUGUCUGCUAGCGCAACAGUGGCAAAUGCGAAUGCGUUGAAAACAUCUCAAAUUUUAUUAUCUACGGUUAUGCUUGAUAUCUUAGAUAACGAGGGAAGAUAUCAUACGGUAAGAUGUUUGCUGGAUAAUGGGUCGCAAGUGUGUUUUAUGACAAACAAAUUAGCAAAAAUAUUACGUUUGCCUAUAUCUAAAAUCAAUUUGCCUAUUGUUGGUAUAAGUAAAGCGUGUACUUCGGUAAAAUCAAGGGUUCAAACACAGGUUAAAUCGCGGUGCAGCAAUUAUAAAACGAAUGAAUCAUUUUUAGUGUUGGAAAAAAUUACAUCAGAUAUACCGAGCGUAUCAUUUGAUCGAUCCGAGUUAAAUUUACCUAAUAACAUCGUGCUAGCUGAUGAUAAUUUUAACGUUGCAAAUGAAAUUGAUAUUUUGUUAGAUGGUAAAGUAUUCUUUGAAACAUUAUGCAAAGGUAGGUUUAAACUGGGUACGGGUUGGCCUAUAUUGCAAGAAACAUUAUUUGGGUGGAUCGUGGUAGGUCCAUUGACGGCGGUUAAUCGUGAAAACCAAAUUAAAGAAAGCGUAUGUAAUUUAGCGGUGUUUCAAGAGCUAAACGAUAUCGAAAAGUUUUGGAAAAUCGAGGAGCUUGAAUCGAAUCAAGACAGUGUUAAAUUCUCAAAGGAAGAAUUAGAAUGCGAGCAGAGUUUCGUUGAUACGAUGUCGCGAGAUGCUGAUGGCAAAUUCGUAGUAGUAUUACCUACGCGGGAUAAUUUGGGUCAAUUAGGUCAGUCAUUAACGAUGGCUAAACAAAGAAUGAUAGCGAUGGAGCGUAAGUUUUCAAAAAAUUAUGAAUUUAAAGCGGCGUAUGUAAAAUUUAUGAGGGAAUAUUUAGAAAUGGGACACAUGACUAAAAUAAAUGACUAUGACUUAGAGCAAGAAAAAAUAUCGGUUGAAAAUAAUAAAAUAUAUUACUUACCUCAUCAUGGGGUGAUAAAUAAAUACAGCACGACUACAAAACUUCGUGUCGUAUUUGACGGCUCUUGCAAAUCUGAUACAAAUUUGUCGCUGAAUGAUGUGUUAAAAGUAGGGCCUAGUAUACAAGAUGACAUAUUUACAAUUUUAUGCAGAUUCCGAAAACAUCAUAUAGUUAUUACUUCCGACGUAGCCAAAAUGUAUAGAAUGAUAAAUAUAGCAAAAAACCAGAGAAAUCUACAAAGAAUCUUAUGGAGGGAAGAUGAAAAUAAUGAAUUAGAGCAUUACCAGUUAAAUACAGUUACCUACGGGACCGGGCCAGCUUCAUUUCUUGCAAUGAGGUGCUUAAAACAGGUUGCGCUUGAUAUCAAAGGUAAAUAUCCAGAGGCGGCUCGUAUUAUAGAGACAGAUUUUUACAUGGACGACCUAAUCACGGGAGGUGACACGGUUGAAGAGGUAACUGAAAUAGCUAGAAUAAUUUAUGACGUAUUAAGUGAAUACGGAUUCAUGCUAAGAAAGUGGAAUUCAAAUAAUUCAUAUGUUUUAGAAAAUUUAUCACGUGAAAAAUCAGAACCAGGGUUUCAUUUUGUAAAAGAUAAUGAUGUGUCAAAAACAUUAGGUAUUUUCUGGAACGCAAGCAAUGAUCAUUUUGAAUAUGUAAUCGAUAUUAAGAGUAAUGAUGACAUUAUCAUCACCAAACGGGUAAUUUUAUCUGCAAUUGCGAAAAUUUUCGAUCCUCUGGGAUUAAUAGGGCCGAUUAUAGUAAGAACUAAAAUAUUAAUGCAGAGAUUAUGGCAACUUAAAACCGGUUGGGACGAGGAAGUGCCACCGAAUAUAGCGUUAACUUGGCGAGAAUUUGAAGGGCAGUUAGAAUUAUUGCGAAAUUUGAAAAUUCCACGUCAUGUAGUUAUAAAAGGGGUUAAAAUUUUAGAACUGCACGGGUUUAGUGACGCAUCAGAAAGGGCAAAUGGAGCAUGCGUAUUUAUACGGAGUAUCGAUGAAAAUAAUUUAAUUUCGGUUAGAUUACUUUGUGCUAAGUCGCGGGUAGCACCUUUAAGGACAAUUUCUUUACCUAGACUGGAGUUGUGUGGUGCAGUCCUACUAGCGCGACUAAUGAAAAGGGUUACGGAAUCACUUGGCUAUACAGGUAUAAUACCGACGUUUUAUUGGUGCGAUUCGACAAUUGUAUUAUGUUGGUUGGCUGAAGAACCACAUAACUGGAAAUCGUUCGUCGCGAAUAGAGUAAAUGAAAUUCAAAAUUUAAGUAAUAUAAAAAAUUGGAGUCAUGUCGCUUCUGAAUGCAAUCCCGCAGACAUAAUAUCAAGGGGUACUAACCCCGCGGAUUUAAUGAAUUCUAAGUUAUGGUGGGAUGGUCCGCAAUUUUUAAGGACGAAUACGAUUAAUUUGAAAAAUAUAGAGGUUAUAAAAGAUUUACCUGAGCGUAAGAGAAUUAAACCAAUGGUAUUGGUGGGUCAAGAAAGUGAUUUAUUUGUCGUGAAUAAGUAUUCAACGUUAACAAAAUUAUUACGAGUAACCGGGUGGUGUCUAAGAUUUUUAAGGAAUUGCCGUGAGAAGCAAAACUCGCGCACUAGCGGAAAUUUGUCUAUCGAUGAAUUGGACCAAUCAUUAAAGACGUUAAUUAAAAUAGUACAGGCACACUACUUUAAAACCGAAAUUAGUGAGUUGUCGCAAAAUAAAUAUGUUUCAAAGAAAAGCCAAAUUAAGGAUUUGGAUCCGUUUCUUGGCGAUAAUAACAUUUUAAGGGUAGGUGGUCGCACCUAUUGAAGGCGAGAAGGCCCUAAGAAAGGCACCUAUUGAAUUCGAUAGGAAAUUUCAAAUACUUUUACCGAAUAAAUGUCACUUCACAAAUUUAAUUAUUCAACAUGAACAUUUCAAAUACUUGCAUGUGGGGCCACAGGCAAUCUUGAGCUCCGCUGGUCGGCGUGCUGUCAAGAGCGUGCUGGCUAAAUGCUUAGUGUGUUGUAAAGUUAAACCUAUGUCUGCGAAACAAAAAAUGGGUGACUUGCCAGUCGACAGGGUAAGUUGCAACCGACCCUUUUACAUAUCUGGAACGGAUUUUGCCGGUCCCUUUUACAUCAAGGACGGUAAAUUAAGGAACCGAGCCAUAACUAAAGCGUAUAUGUGCAUU